UCCAGGUGGUGGACUUCAUGGGUUCCCUGCUGCAGAGGGCCUGUGUUGGUCUGGAUCAGGGCACAGGUCCAGGCUUGGGGAACCCAGUAGAGAGCGAUACGCUGAGUAUGGGGGUGGGUCUGCUGGCCACCCUGCUGUCUGGAUCUCAGCUUAGUGCCGAGGACUACUCUUCUAUGUGGAGACUUCUCCCCCCCCUGGAGACGCUCUCUGAGAAGCACUCUGACGUCUUCAUCCAGGAGUUGGCAUCCAACCUCAGAGCUGUCAUAGCCACUCACGGUGCCUACCGGCCGGAACACUUCUCUUCUGAGGCUCAGCGCUCCAGAAACCCUGAAACCAUGUCACAGAACAAAAGUGUGCCUUUAAUGAAAAAAGGAAAUAUGCAAACUGAAGCAACAGACUCACAGACUAGCCCUCCUCCAUCUCCCUUAAACAGUCAGCCUGAGUCUGAGCCUGGACCAGGAAUAAGUCCCAGAGGUGGAGGGAGGACCUCUGGCACCAGUAAACCUGGCCCUCCGGUCAAGCCCUUUUCUGAUUUGCUGUUGGAGGCAUGUGACCCGGACGUGCCGACCCGAGCGUUCGCUCUGAGGGUCCUGACCCUGAUGGUACAGAAGCAGAACCCCGAGGCUGCCCAGAUGCAGGAGAAAGUCCUCAUGGUGGGUCGCUUGGUUAUGUGCUUCGACUUUUUUAUUCUUGUGUCAGCAUUUAGUCUGUUAUUCUGCUCUAAAAAUACUGAUUAACAUUUUAUCCAACAC